AUGAAUAAAACUGAAUUGGAUAGUCUCGAUUUUGAGGGUUGUCUCUACACUGGUUAUCCAGGCAUUGGUUGGGCUGCCCUCCAUGUUGCCCAAUCCCUACCUUCAUCUGGGACAAUCUUAUCCGAGUCCGUCGAGGUUCAGCAUAAAAGGCUUUUGACGAGAAUCAACGAAAUCGUUGAGGCUGGGUGCUCGAAGAUCGAUAAGCGCGAACGCAAACCAUCCAUUCGCUACGACUACAAGUUGGGAUUUAUUGCUGGCUAUCCGGGGGUCUUGCUUUUAGCCGCCAUGUUCUAUCAUGUUAGUUUGGACCUACUUUGUUUCAAAAAUGAGUUUUCAAAAGUAAUUAGAUGUCCAGAUUUUGCAACAUCUUAUUUUUAUUUUUCGGAACUACACAUUUAG